AUCAGACACCUUGUAGACAAGACCACAGCGCGCGCACGACUCACGUGCGAAGGUAAAAAAAAAAAAAAAUGCAGCUGGAUAACCGGACGGAGGUCGAGAGUCUGCAGCCGGCUGUUAUCUAACAUUAGUUUGGGGUUGUGGAAGAAAAAAAAGAAGAAGAGCCAUGAAGAAACACCUGAGUCCGACCAAACAGCAGCAGCAGCAGCAGCCACCGGCGGACGGCCCGGCGGCUCCCGGCGGCUCGGUGACCGUCCAACAACUCAACGAGCUGCUGUCUAACGGCAGCGGCUUCUACAGCCUCCCGACACAGCACUUCAACGAGGUCUUCCCCCGAAUAUACAUCGGCAACGCGUUCGUGGCCCAGAAUGCAAUGCGUCUGCAGAAGCUGGGAGUGACGCACGUCCUCAAUGUGGCGGAGGGCACCUCCUUCAUGCACGUCAACACCAGCGUGGACUUCUACGCCGGCACAGGCAUCACGUACCACGGCAUCCAGGCCAACGACACGGAGCAGUUCAACCUCAGUGCCUUCUUCGACGAGGGGGCUGAUUUCAUCGACAAGGCCCUCGCACACAACAACAGCAAAGGGAAAGUGUAUGUCCACUGCAGAGAAGGCUACAGCCGCUCCCCCACCAUGGUCGUUGCUUACCUCAUGCUGCGCCACAAAAUGGACGCCCGGCUGGCGGUGGCCACCGUGAGGCACAAGAGAGAGAUCGGCCCCAACGACGGCUUCCUCCGCCAACUGUGCCAACUGAACGAGAAGCUGGCGAAGGAGGGCAAGCUGAACGGGGAGGUGGGCAAACUAAAGACCAAAUGAAAGUCUCCCUCCGUCUCUUCCCAUCAUGCCUUUCACAGGGCGUUCAGCUGCUCUCGGACCCCCACCCUGACCAAACCAGCACCCAUCUGACACACCAAGGGGUAUUCUGAAACACACACACAUAUACAUGCAUUUAUCUGUGUAGAUAAUAACACAUACACACACACACAGUCUCACACAUUUUUAAUCUUCAGUUCACGUCUGUCACUGCUGCUCUGCACGGGGGACGCCUGUCUGUCCGCCUGCUCCGACAAAGAGUGUGAUCUCAAACCCUUUUUUUAAACACACACACACACGCACACACACACACACAGACGAAAGCAGUACCUUAAAGCAUUCCUUCAAUCCAAAACAAGUUAAGAAGGUCAAAACUUCGCCCUGAUUUUUAAAGAUUUUUUCCUUAAAUAGAAGAUUAUAGCACAAUCAUUCCAUAGUUUUCCACUGCCGGGAAUGUCAGUGAUGUCUCCGCCAACAGGAGUACUCUAUAAAAUUCCAAAUGAACUCUUUAUUUAAGAUAUUUAAAAAGUUGCACAUGAUGCACAUACAAAAUAGGUCAGAAAGUGAAUGGAUGGAGGAAAAAAAAUCCCAAACAUUCCAUGAAAACUAAAAAAAGUUUUUGUUGCCCUCUCAAUCCUUAAAAAAAUUCUCUUUCGGGGCAGAUAUUUAAUGCACAAACACACAAAUGAUCCACACUCUACUAGUGCGAGCUGUAGCUCUGUGUAGCAUUUCAGUCCUCCGCUCUCCGGCCUCUAGUUUGACCGCGGCUGCGUUUAUUUACUUGCCGACAGCAAAGGUCGAACCAAUUAAAAAUGACGAGCUCCUUGUUGUUUUCGCUGCAGAUGUGACGUUUUUUAAGUUUGUCAUUGAGCUGAAGCAGUAUCUGAGGGCAACACAGGACUGAAUAUCCUCUUAAAAAAGAGACUUUAAAUUAGCUAAUUUACUGUAUUUCAUUUAUAAAGUGUCUUCAAUACCCUAAACUCAAUACUGCAUGACAAAAAGUCAUUUUACUCAACAACUUAUAUGAUCUGAAUGCAAAAAAGAGGUUGAAAACAAAAUCUGCUGGCUCAGUUUGUGUGUUGCUCUUUUAUCGAGCACUGUAACAAGUUUAAGCCCUCUUUAAUUCCUGCAAAGACUGAGCAGAUGCACGCCGCAUGUCUGCACAGGAGGCCUUUCUCUCAGUCGUCUGACAGAACGGAUAUAAUCGUAUUUUAAUCAGCCCGUCUGUCUACACAGGCCACGUAACAGCUCGGGAGUUUUUACUUUUAUAUUUUUACACGUGUGAUGCUGAAACAGUUUCUGAACGCUGCCAAAAAACGUGGAUGACCUAAAGGCCUCCUGUGUGGACACCAACGACAGCUUUUGUUGCAGCUUAAUUCGACUUAAAAGCUGGAGUAGGGAAAAAAUGAGCCAGAAUUUGAAAGUAUAACCGUUUACCUGCAGCUCUCCCAAUGUGCAAGUCCUUUUUUUAACCAUACCAAUCAGGAUCUUGAUGCUCUGGCAAAUUAAUGACUGUUAUAGUCCAGUUUUCUUUGCAAACUUGUAGACUAGAUCCUAACGAAGGAUCGAGCUUAAUACUUAAACAUGAAUUUGAAUUAUCUGCAGCUGUGAGUUAGAAGAAGGCUAAACUAUGAGCAACAUGCUUCAGCAAUAUUGGUGCAUGUUUUAUUAGCGUCAGACUCUCUUUUGGGCGAAGUUUGUCUUCUUUUAUUGGGUUUCUUUGCCGUGCAAACAGUUGUUAUCAAAUGCUGGAAUAGCAACUUUUCCUGCAGGGGUUUCAACAAUUAAAAUCAGGCCUUUACCAUCUGAGGAGCGUGCACAUGCGUCUCCGUUUGUAAAAGAACCUCCAUCUCUUCUGAUUCGGAUGAACCAAACGGACUUGGGUUGUGAAAGAGACCUAAGAUAAAGAUCAAAGUCACAAACAGCCAGAUCGACUAGCUGAUCAACUGAAAAAUGAACUAUUUUAAACCUUAAAAGAACGGUUUAUUGUCUCAGUUUUUGGACUGUUGGACGAUUAAAUGAAAGCUCCGUCUUUGAGAGAGAAAAGCUGCAACACAUAACCAGAAGUUCUUUCUAAAAACAGAAACUUUGAGGUGUUAAAAGCUGAUUUACCGCCUUCAAACUUGACCAAAUGUUUCUCUAUAUUCUCUUCACUCAGAGAACCAUGGUUACAACGUAACCAUCUGAUCAAUUUCACUCUGAUUCGGACGAACCGAACGGACUCGGGUUGUAAAAACGCCCUAAGAGAAAGAUCAAAGGCUUGAACGAUCGGAUCGGCUAGCUGAUCAACCAAAAACAACCAGAAUCGACAUUGCUGAUCAACCGAAAAAUGAAUUAUUUUAAACCUUAAAAGAAUGGUUUAUUUUCUCAGUUUUUGGUCUGUUGGAGGCUCCAUCUGUAAGAGAGAGAAAAGCUGCAGCCUGUACCCAAAAGUUCUUUGAUUAAACAAAAACUUUGGAUUGUUGAAAACUGAUUUAUCAACAUCAAAUUAGACCAAAUUAGUUUCUCUAUAGUUUCUUCACUCAGAGAACCAUGGUUACAACAUAACCGUACGAUCAAGUUCACUCUGAUUUGGUGAACCAAACGUACUUGGGUUGUGAACAACAGGAUCAACUCGCUGAUCAACCGAAAAAUUAACAAUUUUAAACCUUAAAAGAACAGUUUAUUGUCUCAGUAUUUGGACUGUUGGAAACUCCGUCUUUGAGAGAGAAAAGCUGCAGCACGUACCCAGAAGUUCUCUAAUAAAACAGAAACUUUGGGCUGUCAAAAGCCGAUUUACCGCCUUCAAACUAGAGGCCUUUUAGUUCUCACUGUCAGAUGCAUCAUCGGACGAGGAUGCCUCCCACUCUUUCAGUAGACAGUUCCAGUUCAUCACGCCAGAGAGUUGUCCACUGCCGAUUCCCUGACACAGCCAUCCGGUCAGUAUCCAUCAGAGGUCCAUACACAACAUGUCUCACUCCGCAGUGUGUGUGUCAUACAGUAACCUACCAUGCCUGACUUUAUGCACACACAGGCUCAAAUCCAGUUUUUGUUUUUGUAUGUAUUAAAGCAUUGCAAUAUAUGUCAAUACCCCCAUCAGAUAUAUAGAAUGUAACCACAUCUAAAUAUGAUUAUUCAGGCUGUAGUUGUUACAUAUAGGCGACCGUAGCUCAACAAUACCUUCUGAAAAGUAUUUAUUACUUGGCAUAAUACUGUAAACUAAACCUAGUAGAGUGGCGGCGACAGGAGUGUUUUUAAAAACCUGCAACAGGUCACUCCUCGGGAGAAGCUUUGAGAAGUCCCACACAUCAGAUUCCUCCUGAACGAACGUCAGCAUGGGAGAGAGAGAGUGGAAACUAGGUUGUCUCACCUCAUUAAUGGCACUAUUUAUUCCUCCUUUGAUAUAUCUGUAUACAUAUGAAUAUAUACAUGUAUACUGUAUAUACAUAUUUAAGUGUUGACAUAUAUGAAUGUAUGAGCAAUGUGUCUAUAACGUGUAGGUAUCGUCAGUAUGUCUUAUAUAUCAUGUUCUAUUUGUGAAAGCUCCAUUCUUUCUUUCUGUUUGUUCCGCGGUUGGUUACAUGUGCAUUCACGUUUAUAGUGACAUGCACAUGUAAUACGUUGUGAUGUUUCCGAUCACAAUGGUGCAAAACUUGCUGAGGGUUUUUUCUGAGGCUACUGAGGCAUGUGAUCAUUGGGUUUACUGAUGUUUUGUACAGUUUUUUAGUUAUUUUAGUCAUAAUAAACAGCAAGAUGCAGGUGGCAGCGUCAGAUGGAUACGGAUUUAUCCUGCACAUACAUUCAUCCACUGCAAAACAUUUACAGCUCCUUUAUUUCUGGACAGAAGUUGGGAGAUUUAUUUUAAUGAGAAUGAAUAGAUUCUCCUGCAAGCUGCACUUUCUAUUUCAAUGCAUUGUUUUUAGCUGCAGAUUUCACCUUCAGUAGGCUGCAGACUACAGUUAUAUGUUAUUCUGACUAGGGAGACAACAGAGAAGAAAAAAAGCAAGUUGUGCACAAGAACAAUAAGAAAUAAUUACAAUUCAUGUAACAACAAAAAAAAUGCAGAUACACAAGUCAUGCAAUCCACAAAAGGAUCAAAAAACAAUCACAUGAAUUAUGCAAAUGAAUAAAAUAAAAUAAUUUAUUAUUAUUAUUAUUAUUAUUAUAAUUAUUAUUAUUAUUAUUAACUAGAAGAUGCAGAAUAAAGUUGCUUUCUUUGCUAUCCGAUAUUUCACAGAGAGUCCUGUUUCUCAUCGUGUGCAGAUUUGCUGCCGUAAAUUAAAUAUAUUUUGGUUUUUUUGACUGUUUAAACUGUUUCAAGGCGUCACCUUUUGGCUAUGGAAAAUUACACGUUUUUUUAAGGUUUUAUAGACCAAAAAAGCUCAUCGAAUGGUCAAGAAAAUAGUCGUAGGAUCAUUUAAUGAUUAAAAUUACUAUCAAAUUAGUUGCUUCUCCUUUCAGUUUUACAUAUCUUGUUCGAAAUCCAGCUAAAUGUUUGUGUGUACGAUCAAUGUAGGGAUGCAAAGUAACAGAAAUAUCUUUAACUGAUAGUUGGCUGCCUUAACAAGUGAUUAUCGGUUAAUCAUUCAUAAUUUAUGAAGUACAUUUUGUCCAUUAGAAAAACGUUUUAACCUGCCGUGACUUUGGCUCCACCUAGUGGUGCAACAGCAUAUUACAGCAAAGCCACACGUCUUCUGUUAAUACAAUAAAUAACAAUUAAUUCCCAAUAAUUCCCAUAAAUCUCCAUAAUUCCAAUUUUUCAAUAUUUCCAAAAUUCCUCAGCUCACUUCCCAUGAAAGGAGUUUCUGGAAAUUUACUGUUAAUUUCCCAACCCCUUUGCAGCCCUAGUGUUUUUACAGCAAUGUGAUCUCUUACAAACCAAUCUUUAGAUUAAAUACAAUUUUCAUGCAUUGAAAUGUAAAGUGCUGUUGCAGCUUCUGGCUCACUGUCGGCCCGGAGGACGAGUCAGAGACGGUAAACAUCAUAAACAUCAUCACAGGGAGUCAGAAGUGAUGCAAACUGUCUCGUGAACGAGAGGACAUGAGUGCAGUUUCCUCUUGUCAUCUGAUCAUCAUCAUAAAAACUUUAAAAUGUUUCUGAUCUGCAGAGCCUCACACUUGAUUCCUCCGGUGCAGCAGCUCUGAGAGUCUGAGACCAUUUUCAAGUCUUAAUUUAGCGCAUGUGUCACACGGCAUUUUACCAAACCACCUCGUCUCCAUGAACCCCAAAAACCCAACAGAAAAACAGUGAAAGUUAUCGACCAGACUCCAGUGCCCUCAACACCAACACAUCAAAGAUUGUCUUGUGCCAAGUGACCUACUGUAUUGUACAAAAAGCCAUUUAUUUGUUUAAAAAUCGGCUUUUUUUCUCAUCUACUGGGGUUUCACUCAUACAAAUGUGCUCUACACUACUGCCCUCCUUCUGAAUUCACAAAAAAAAGCAUUUCCUGUUGAGUUUUUACACAAAAAUUUGAGAAUUAUUGGCGGUCCAGGAUGAGGGUAUGUACUUUAUAGCAUCAACUGCCUACACCAACCUGCUUAUUAAUUCAGUUUGUGGCUCCAGAGGUUCAGAGGGUCUGAUCAACACUAGCCAUGGUAGAUGUUUUCUCUCACAUUUUGUAUUUAAACAUGACGAAAACUUGUCUUCCUUUUUCGGGUGAAGCAAAGAAAGUAAAAAGAAAGCGUCUAUGAUGGCUACACUGCUGGCUCCACACUCUUUUUUAUUAUGCAUCGAGUAACAGAGAAACACUGCCACCUGCUGGUCAAAUAAUCAACAAUAAUUUGACACCAUGAAUAGUUGCAAUCCAACCACACGUUUUCUGUCUUUUUCUCUUCUGUAAUGUGAACCCCUGUGACUUCCUUUUGUUCCGUUUAACAAAGUACCAGCAUCGUUUCGUGGGUUAUACUCCAGGUACAGUACUUUAUGUAUUCUCGAGAAUGUCAAAUGUGAAAUGCCAUUGAUGUAUAUUGUUAUAUAUACUGAGUAUGUAACACAAACUAAGGCAAUUAAUUGUGAAUUGCUGCAUUUUACCGCCUACUAUAUAGAUUGUUUGAUAUUGGAUCUAGUGAGUUGAAAUCGACUUCUUUUCUCCUCAAACUUUGGUUGAUUUCUUUUUCUUUAGAUUUGUCCUGUUUACAAAGGAUGUGGGUUUAAUUAUUAAUUGAUGAUUUUGAUUUUUUUUCACAAGGCAUAUAUAAAGAAGGCUAGUUUUUGUACAGUAGGAAAUCAUGAGAAGUGUGAUUGUGACCUACUUCUGUCGACUUAAAGGCACACUAUGCAGGAAUUAUCACUUACUGUUUGUAAACACUGUUUUUUUCACUAAAUUUGCAUAUUUUUGACGCUUUGUCCACUAUUUUCGGUUUAGUACAAUUAAUAACAAUAAUAAUAAUAAUAAUAAUAAUAAUAAUAACAUUUUUCCUCCCACAUUUUGACACAGGAUGAAUCCAGGUCUCUCAUGUGGAGGUUAUUUGUAUGGACUCUGUCGCUCCUUAUACUAAUAAACUUCGCUCCUGUAAUAAUUAGGUUGACGGCCGAACUAAAAAUGUUUAUAUAGCAGCUGGGAAAAAGGCCAAAAAUGCCC